CUUCCCUGCCGCUGGGUUCCCAGAGUGCUCCGCGGCCGUGUGGAGCGAGGCCUUGUUCCCGCGUUGAGCCGCCGCCGCCGCCGCCGCCUCCUCCUUCUCAGCUUCAGCUUCCGCGCCAGGUCCGGCCCCGCCGCGCCAUGUCGGACUACAGCACGGGAGGACCCCCGCCCGGGCCGCCGCCGACCGCCGGCGGGGGCGGGGGUUCUGGGGGCGCCGGGGGAGGCCCUCCACCGGGCCCGCCAGGCGCGGGGGACCGGGGCGGCGGGGGCCCGGGCGGGGGGUCUGCCGGGGCCUCUUCGCAGACCCCCGGCGGGGGCGGCCCAGGAAUUCGCAAGGACGCCUUCGCCGACGCUGUGCAGCGGGCCCGCCAGAUCGCAGCCAAAAUUGGAGGCGACGCUGCUACAACAGUGAAUAACAGCACUCCUGAUUUUGGUUUUGGGGGCCAAAAGAGGCAGUUGGAAGAUGGAGACCAACCAGAGAGCAAGAAACUGGCUUCUCAAGGAGACUCCAUCAGUUCUCAACUUGGACCUAUUCAUCCUCCCCCCAGGACUUCAAUGACAGAAGAGUACAGGGUUCCAGAUGGCAUGGUGGGGCUAAUCAUUGGCAGAGGAGGAGAACAGAUUAACAAAAUCCAACAGGAUUCAGGCUGCAAAGUCCAGAUCUCUCCAGACAGUGGUGGCCUCCCUGAGCGCAGUGUGUCCUUGACAGGAGCCCCAGAAUCUGUCCAGAAAGCAAAGAUGAUGUUGGAUGACAUCGUCUCUCGUGGUCGUGGGGGCCCCCCAGGGCAGUUCCAUGACAAUGCCAACGGGGGCCAGAAUGGCACGGUGCAGGAGAUUAUGAUCCCUGCAGGGAAGGCUGGCCUGGUCAUCGGCAAAGGCGGGGAGACCAUUAAGCAGCUACAGGAACGAGCUGGAGUAAAGAUGAUUUUAAUUCAAGAUGGUUCCCAGAAUACAAAUGUGGACAAGCCCCUUCGGAUCAUUGGGGAUCCUUACAAAGUGCAGCAAGCCUGUGAGAUGGUGAUGGACAUCCUCCGGGAGCGUGACCAGGGUGGCUUUGGGGACCGGAAUGAGUAUGGAUCCCGGAUUGGUGGAGGCAUUGAUGUGCCAGUGCCUAGGCAUUCUGUUGGCGUGGUCAUCGGCCGGAGUGGAGAGAUGAUCAAAAAGAUCCAGAAUGAUGCCGGUGUGCGGAUCCAGUUUAAACAAGAUGAUGGGACGGGUCCUGAGAAGAUAGCUCACAUAAUGGGGCCCCCAGACCGGUGUGAGCACGCAGCUCGGAUUAUCAAUGACCUCCUCCAGAGCCUUAGGAGCGGUCCCCCAGGCCCUCCAGGAGGUCCUGGCAUGCCCCCAGGAGGCCGUGGCCGAGGAAGGGGCCAAGGCAACUGGGGCCCACCUGGUGGGGAGAUGACCUUCUCCAUCCCCACUCACAAGUGUGGGCUAGUCAUAGGCCGAGGUGGCGAGAAUGUGAAAGCCAUAAACCAGCAGACAGGCGCCUUUGUAGAGAUAUCCCGGCAGCUGCCACCAAACGGGGACCCCAACUUCAAACUGUUCAUUAUCCGUGGCUCACCCCAGCAAAUUGACCAUGCCAAGCAGCUCAUUGAGGAGAAGAUUGAGGGUCCCCUCUGCCCAGUUGGACCCGGCCCAGGGGGACCAGGCCCUGCUGGCCCCAUGGGGCCCUUCAAUCCUGGGCCCUUCAACCAGGGGCCACCAGGGGCUCCCCCUCAGGGUCCUGCGUCAUCUUUCAGAAGCAAUGGUUCGGGACCCAAACAUGAUCCAGCCCAGCCCUCUGUUUCACAGACACCGUCUUUUACAAGAUGCUAUAGUGCCGGGGGCCCCCCUCCUCACCAGUACCCACCCCAGGGAUGGGGCAAUACCUACCCCCAGUGGCAACCACCUGCUCCUCAUGACCCGAAUAAAGCUGCUGCAGCCGCCGCAGACCCCAACGCAGCCUGGGCCGCCUACUACUCACACUACUACCAGCAGCCCCCAGGCCCUGUGCCUGGUCCUGCCCCUGCCCCCGCAGCUCCACCUGCCCAGGGUGAGCCGCCUCAGCCCCCGCCUGCUGGCCAGUCAGACUACACAAAGGCCUGGGAAGAGUAUUACAAAAAGAUUGGUCAGCAGCCCCAGCAACCUGGAGCUCCCCCACAGCAGGACUACACAAAGGCCUGGGAGGAGUACUACAAGAAGCAGGCUCAAGUGGCCACUGGAGGGGGUCCAGGAGCACCCCCAGGCUCCCAGCCAGACUACAGUGCUGCCUGGGCUGAAUACUACCGACAGCAAGCCGCUUACUACGGACAGACCCCAGGUCCUGGCGGCCCCCAGCCUCCACCCACACAGCAGGGACAGCAGCAGGCAAGUGGGAAUUGCCACCCUCCUCCUCCUCCUUUUUCCUUCCAACCCCCAGCCACCGUUCAUCCUGCCUUAGUGGGUAGCGCCGGAAAUCCCUUCCCCUGCGGGGUGUGUCCUUGAUGCCUGCAGCGGGGGCCGUGUGGCCGGAGGUCUCCAAGAGUCCCCAUGAGCCAGGGGAAGUGUGCGCUGGGUCCAGAGGUUAAAGAAGAGGCCUCCCUCCGCCGGCUCGCUUGUUCCUGUGUAAUGCUGUCGUGAUGCUGGGGGCGAGUGCGAGACAGAUAAAAGGUGGAACUGUUGAACUGGUGGAUAGUCCUGGGGGUGGGGGGCAGACCAGCCACUGAAACGGUCACCAACCUGGCUGCUAACUCAAAAUCUGGCCACUUGGGAAGAAAAUGGAUAUUUUUCCCCCUCUGCAUUACUUUUUUUGGCUUUUGUUUGUUUUGUUUUUAAACCCACGAUCUUCUCCCCGACUGUGUCCAAGUGACUGUGUUUGCAGGCAGCCCCAGCGUGGGGUGGCCCUGGCUCCAGCAGGGACGUGGGGAGCCUGCCAAGGGGACCAGCCCUGGAGCCCCUCUGCUCCACCUGGGUUUGGCCUCUGCUCUCACGCCCGUGUCUGUGUCCCGGUCUUGUCUGUGAAGUGGGCAUGAUGAUCGCUGCCACCUUCCAACCUACCUCACAGGGGUGUUGUGGGGACACCGUGAUCUCUGAGAUUGUUCAUGUUGUGAUGCGCCGGGAGCCACCGCUUUCUCCCCUGCUGACCCUCACUUCGCUUCUCUCUCUCCCGCGGUCCCUGCUUUCUCCUUCUUCCCUUUGUGUCACUCUUUCUCCUCCUCCUCCAUCAAGGAGCCAGUCAUCAGCCAGUCAUCAGCCGAGUCCCUGGAGCACUUCACUAGACAGUUACAGACAUACCUGUUAGCCAUCGUUUUUGGAAGAGGGGCUUCCUGGCCCCCUCCUUACAGUCCCCUCAGUUUCCCGCCCCUGCCUCCCCCUCCCCAUAGUGACCAAUUCCUAUCUCUUCCCUCUCCGCAGGCUCAAUGAAUCGAAUGAAUGUGAACUUCUUCAUCUGUGAAAAUUCUUUUAAUAUUAUUUGUUUUGUUUGGGGGUUUUCUUCUUUGGUUUUGGCUUUUCUUUUUCUUUUUUUUUUCUUUUUCUUUCCUCCAUUUGUUAGGUGAGAGAGCGACGGCUGCCGUAAGGGUGUGGGGAGCCCUCUCUGAGUGGCGGCUUGGAGGGCAGUGCUGGCUCUCGCUCUCUCGCUUUUUGUGUCUCACAUGCUUUUUUUUUUUUUCUUUUAAAUUUGGGGUCCUUAAUGUUGAGCCAGACAUAGAAGAUAGUGAGAACUAAGUCUCUGCCAAAAAAAAUUUUUUUUAAAUAAACACGAAGUGAAACAAGACCUAUAAGAUUAUAUAUAUAUAUAUAUAAAUCUCUAUACCCACCCUUCCUGAAACUGCUUCUUUCAAGGGAAAGUAAUUCAUUUUCUCUCUACCACUCUUGGCCCUCUUCAUGUUUUUAAAAUAAACUUCUAAAAAGGAAAAAAAGUCAAUCUUGCUAUUUCUUUUUUUUUAGUUAGAGUUGGAACAUUCCUUGGACCAGGUGUUGAUAUUGCAGGAAACCACCCCCCACCCCACCCCCUUGCAUCAGUUGAGCCCCUCUGCCUCUCUGCUCCUCUCGCUCCUCCCUCUGCCCGAGCUCGGCUUCCCGCAGCCCCUCCUUCCCGCGUCCUCUCUCCCAGGACUGGUCUGUCAUGUUUCAUCUGUUCAAGAGGACAUUGAAACUGCAAACAAAUUGAGAACAAAAAAAUUGUAUGGCAGUUUUUACUUUUUAUCGCUCGUUUUUAACUUCACAAAUAAAUGAUAACAAAACCUC